AUGGUGCAGUGUGAUGGUUGCGAUAAGUGGUAUCAUUUCUCUUGUGUACAAGUGACUAGUGGCAUAGCGGACUACAGCUGGAUUUGUCCAAAGUGUCCAUACAUGCAUUUCGGCGCAAGUCAUCAAGAGCAGCAGACACCAAUGCUCCAGCAGAUUCAACCGGUAGACCCACCCAACUCUGUAAGUUCAAAGAAGUCCACCGGAAAGGCAAGCAGUAACCGGAGCAAUCAACGGAAGGUCGAUCGACUAUUGCAGAAGCUGGAAGAGCACAAGCAGUUGGAACAAAAGUUUUUGGAUGAAAAAUACCGCAUUUUGGAUGAAGAGGACGCUGACGAUGAAACUGUCGCCAGUGAUGAUGAUGUAGGAUCCGAGGAGAUGUCCAAAGUGAGAGGAUGGCUGAGAGAUACGGAAAAGUGUGGUGAAGAUUCUGAUUCCGGUCUGGUGGAAGAAGAGUUGAACGAUGAUCAACUGCAAGCUGUCAUUCAGCUGGCACCGACUAUGGGGCAGACGGAACCGCAAUCAUCUCUACAUGGUUUCGUUCCUAACCAACGUUCAACACCUCAAGAGACCCACCGAUCCCUGUUCCGCCGACCACCGGCACCAGUUCCAGAGGAGCCAUUUCGUCAGCCUGUUGUUCCAGAUACCCAGUUCCGUCAACCACCAGCCACAGCUCCAGGAGUCCUGUUCCGUCAACCACCAGCCACAGCUCCAGGAGUCCAGUUCCGUCAACCAUCAGCUACAGCUCCAGGAGUCCUGUUCCGUCAACCAUCAGCUACAGCUCCAGGAGUCCUGUUCCGUCAACCACCAGCCACAGCUCCAGGAGUCCAGUUCCGUCAACCAUCAGCCAUAGCUCCAGAAGUCCAGUUCCGUCGACCACCGGCACCUGUUCCAGAAGGCCUGCUCCGAAGGUCGCCUUCGCACACGCUUCCAGAAGACCAGUUCUACCGACCACAAGUACUUCGGUCAGCUGCAGCUUUAGAAACACAUAACUACCUGCCACAGGAUCUUCGGCCUGCUCCAGCUCCAGGAAUCCAGUUCCAUCAUUCGCAAGUCCCUCGAGUGGCUCCAGCUCCAGGAGUUCAGGGCAUUCGGCCGCCACCUGCUGCACCAAAUGAACACUUCUGGCCAGAACCAACAAUCGUCCCGGAAAGCCAGUAUCGUCAACCUUCAGGGUCAAGGAAUGAAAUGCUUCAAGGAGAUUCAACAUCCCGAGGUUUCGGAAAUCCGGAACCAGCUGCUCGCAAUGUCGAAGAGAACGUGUGCAUCCUCAACCGAAGCCAGUUAGCAGCACGUCAGGCUGUAUCCAAGGAGUUACCGGAGUUUUACGGAAAUCCUGAAGAUUGGCCGCUGUUCUUCUCCAUGUACAACUCUUCAACGAAGAUGUGUGGCUUCUCCAACGAAGAAAACAUGCUUCGGCUUCGAAAAUGCUUGAAGGGCAAGGCUCUAGAUGCUGUACGAUGCCGGCUACUCCACCCAUCCAACGUUAUCGGUGUAAUUUCUACGUUGAAAAUGCUAUAUGGAAGACCAGAAGCAAUCGUUCAGGCAUCAGUUAGGAAGAUUCGGUCAUUACCAUCGCCACAAGUGGAAAAACUCGACACUCUUGUCAAUUUUGCAUUGACGGUCGAAAACCUGGUAGCUACGAUAGAGGCAUGCGGCGUCGAAGAUUUCGUAUACAAUGCGUCUUUGAAAUGUGAGCUAGUGGAUCGUCUUCCUCCUGGGCUGAAGCUGGAUUGGGCGAAGUAUUCCAGAAAUAAUGCAGCACCAAAUCUGCUUGAUUUCAGUUAUUGGCUGUACUCGAUCGCGGAAGAUGCUAGUUCAGUUAUGCAAACUUCGUUCAGCACGCAAAGAAUUCGUGGAGCAAAGAAUGAUGGAUUUAUCAAUGUCCACUCUGAAGCAGAAUCAGAACUGUCCCGAUCAGCAGCUUCAAAGACUCGGGGUAUCCACGGAUCAUCAUCAGCGCCAAUGACAGAAUGCAUCACAUGCAGAGGUCAUUGUCCGUCAGUUGCAAAGUGCAAAAGAUUUGCUGAGUUAAGCCUAGUUGCAAAGUGGGCUGUUGUACGAGAGAGAAAGCUGUGUCGCAAAUGUCUGCGUAAGCACAAUGGAUCAUGCAGGCAGCAAAAACCGUGUGGGAUCAAAGGAUGCAUCUUUUUGCAUCAUCCGUUGUUGCACAAUGACCACCAGGAGGUUGAAAAGGAACGUUCUGGCCAAACCUUUGCUACCGGAAGUUGCAAUAUUCACCAACUUCAAACUAGCGAAGUCCUGUUCAGGAUUGUUCCCGUGCUAAUCCACGGUCCAUCAAAAUCCAUCCAGACAUACGCGUUCAUAGACGACGGUUCAGAGCUGACACUGAUGGAAGAUAGCCUUGCAGAGGAGCUUGGCGUAAAGGGGCCUCGAACACCGCUGUGCUUAAAAUGGACGGGUGGUACCAAGAGAGUGGAGAAUGAAUCCCAGAAGGUAGAUGUGGAAAUAUCAGCCAUCGGAAAUACCUCGAAGUCGCACAGGAUGUCCAACGUACAUACGAUUCAGAACCUACAACUUCGGCCGCAAACGUUAGUGUAUUCUGAGUUACUGCAACGGUAUCAACACCUCGGUGGACUACCUGUCGAAUCCUACAGUAACGUAUGCCCUCGAAUCCUGAUUGGGCUUGACCAUGCGUCGCUUGGGCAUGCUAUGAAAAGUCGAGAAGGAAAGCCAUACGAACCUAUCGCCGUCAAAACACGCUUGGGAUGGAUAAUCUACGGGAGUUGUUCACGAACACAGCGAAACCAAAACUACGUGAAUGUCCAUACGAUUAAAGUAUGUGAGUGCAAUCUUGAUUCCGACGAUAACCUGCACACCGCAAUGAAGAACUACUUCACUCUAGAUAGCCUUGGAGUGGCAAAACCAGAAAAGAUUUUGCGGUCAACGGAAGAACAACGUGCCUUGGAAAUGCUCGAAAAGCUGACAAUCCCAAAAGAAGGGCGGUACGAAACGGGACUCCUCUGGAAGUACGAUGAUGUUCGCUUUCCAAGUAGCAAAGGAAUGGCUUACAGAAGAUGGCAGUGUUUAGACCGGCGCAUGAAGCGGGAUGAGGAGUUUGCAAAAACCGUGACGACGAAGAUGGAUGAAUACGUGGAUAAACGCUACGUUCGGAAGUUGUCGGAUGAUGAACUCAAUAUGCAUCAGUCUAAGGAAUGGUACUUACCCGUGUUCCCUGUUGUGAACCCCAACAAACCGGGUAAGGUACGGCUAGUCUGGGACGCAGCUGCUCCUGCUUAUGGCGUUUCACUCAAUUCGCUGUUACUCAAAGGCCCUGACCUUUUGACGUCGCUACUUGCAGUUCUCGUCCAGUUUCGUGAAUUCCGGAUCGCAAUUUGCGGGGAUAUCCGGGAGAUGUAUCUGCAAGUUCUACUGAGGCAAGAUAUUCGACUGUGCUUCUUCUGGAAGGGCGAUGAAGGCAACGCGGAUCCUAAGGUGUACAUCAUGUUGGUGUUACCGUUCGGAGUGUCGUGUGCUCCAAGCAUUGCGCAGUACGUCAAAAACACCAACGCCCAACGGUUUGAGAAGGACCAUCCCACCGCUGUUCAAGCUAUCGUCGACCAGCAUUACGUAGAUGACAUGCUUGUAAGCGUGGAAAGCGAGCAAGAAGCAGUGGACCUCGCACGGGAUGUAAAGAAAAUUCACCAUGAAGCCGGCUUUGAAAUGAGGAACUGGAUCUCAAAUAGCCCGGAUGUUUUGGAGGCGUUACAUGAACGAAAUACGGAAGAGAAGGACCUUAAUAUGGCAGAAGGAGUGAUAACCGAGAAAGUGCUCGGAAUGUGGUGGAAUACGUCCACUGAUUGUUUCACCUUCAAGGUUUCUCCACGGUACGAUCCUGAGCUAAUGUCGGGGCAGCGGACACCAACGAAGCGCGAAGUGCUCAGAACCUUGAUGAUGAUCUUCGAUCCUUUAGGACUCAUUGGCCACUUCUUGAUGUUCCUGAAGGUGGUACUGCAGGAAAUUUGGAGAACAUCCGUCGGAUGGGAUGACCCGAUCGAAGAAAAACAGUUUGAGAUGUGGAUGCAAUGGCUGAAGGUCCUUCCUGAAGUGGCAAAGGUAGAAAUCCCGCGGUGCUACAGGACGGCUACAUCUGUUGGAGGUUCCAACGAAGUACAAAUGCACAUCUUCGUCGAUGCUAGCGAGAAGGGUUUCGCGGCGGUGGUGUAUCUGCGAUUCAAGGAGGGGCCCAUCAUCGAAACUGCGCUGGUUGGAUCGAAGACUCGUGUUGCACCAAUCAAAUUUCUGUCGAUUCCGCGCUCGGAGCUUCAAGCUUGCGUUAUCGGAGUCAGGUUUGCGAACAGCAUAGCACAGUCACUGUCUAUCAAGGUGAAUAGACGCUACUUCUGGACGGAUUCCAGUGACGUCAUCAGCUGGCUCAAAUCCGAUCAUCGUCGGUAUAGCCAAUUUGUUGCUUUCCGAGUGAGUGAGAUACUAGAAGCUUCGGAAGUUUACGAGUGGCAAUGGAUCCAAACUAAAAAGAACGUUGCUGAUGAUGGCACGAAGUGGAAACGGGUGCCUGACAUGACUAGAACUAGCCGAUGGUUUAACGGACCGGAAUUUCUCAAGAACAUUGAAGGAGAAUGGCCUGUGGAACUACACAUCGAAGGACCUACUACGGAGGAACUGCGCCCACAUUUGCUCGUUCACGUCAAAUUACCGGAGCCAAUCAUUGACCUCCAAAACUGCUCUAAAUGGACUCCACUUGUCCAUCGAACUGCAUACGUGUUUCGAUUCAUCGGGAACUUGAGGACAUCCAGACCCGAAGAAAGAACUAUUGGAGUGUUGACGAGUUCAGAGCUAGCUACGGCUGAAAACUAUUUGUACCGGCUUGCUCAGGGAAGUUCUUACCCAGAUGAGGUAGCAGUACUAUCGGGCAUACGAGCGUCGGAAAACUUCACAUUAACGAUACCGAAGAACAGUUCAAUCUAUCAUCUUUGUCCGUUUCUAGACGAACAUGAUGUACUCCGCGUUCGUGGUAGAACCAUCAGUUGUCCGUUUGUUAAUCAGGAUGCGGUGAAUCCUGUUAUUCUUCCACGAGACCACCACAUCACCCGUCUCGUCAUAUCCCACUACCACAGCAAAUAUCAUCAUCAAAACCAUAACACAGUUAUCAACGAGCUGCGGCAGCGAUACAGCAUCCCUCGUCUGAAGGCUGCCUACAACAGGAUCCGUCAAUGCUGUCAGCAAUGCAAGAACGACCGUGCACGACCGCAACCACCGGCUAUGAGCGACUUGCCACUACCUCGCCUAGCUGCCUAUGCUCGUCCGUUUACUUAUAUGGGGGUGGACUACUUUGGUCCAAUUGUGAUCAUCCUUGGGCGUCGUCUCGAGAAGCGUUGGGUACUUCUCGCCACUUGUCUUACCACUCGCGCCAUCCACUUGCAAAUCGUUCAGUCAAUGACUACCGAUUCUUGUAUUAUGGCACUACGAAACGUCAUGGCUAGGAGGGGUGUACCUGCAGUCAUAUAUAGUGAUAGAGGUACGAACUUCCAGGGAGCUAGUAGGGAACUCGAAGAAGUUAUGGUGAAUUUGGAUCGAGAGCGUCUUGCAGCGGAGUUCACCACUUCACAUACUACCUGGAGCUUCAUUCCUCCCGCUUCGCCGCAUAUGGGAGGAGCGUGGGAACGACUCGUUCGAACCGUCAAACAGAACCUUGCCAAACUGAAACCCAACAGAACGCUGUCCCAUGAAGUCCUCGAAAACAUGCUUGCAGAGGUAGAGAAUAUUGUGAAUUCUCGCCCAUUAACCAGUAUUCCUCUCGAUGAUGACCAGUCACCGGUGCUAACGCCCAAUCAUUUUUUGCUGGGAUCAAGCAACGGAUUAAAACCUUGGGGACCGUUUGACGACAGCUCAGAAGUGCUCAAAAACUGCUGGGAGCUUUCUCAAACCUUAGCCAAUCAAUUCUGGAAACAAUGGCUACACGACUAUCUUCCUUCCAUCACUCGUCGCACGAAAUGGUUUAUGGAGGUGAAACCCAUCAGAGUCAACGAUAUCGUCGUCAUCGUGGACCCGAAACUUCCUCGGAACACCUGGCCCAAAGGCCGAGUUAUUGGGAUCAAGCAGGGAUCGGACGGGCAGGUGCGAAGUGCUACUGUGCAGACUUCUGGUGGCAUCUACGAGCGACCAACUGUGAAGCUUGCCGUGCUCGACGUAGGCGUUGAAAGCAAUGCGCAUCAGGACGACCAGAAGCCCAUUCCGGGGGGGAGUGUUGGUUGCGCUACUUUGACGAGCUCGUCAAACCCCACGCUCCCCGAACGGUCGACGUAG